ACGAAGAAGAAGAACAACCCCGAGUGCUACGGAAUAGGCUGUUUGAUAGGAGCUUGAUUGGUUUCAAUGCCUGAGGCAGACAAACACAGAUCAAACCCAAGAAAUGUCACUCAUUUUCUUCCCCCAAAUCCAAUCUUCUUCCUCUUCUUCUCUGGUUCCUAUUGUUUCCCCUUCAAACCCCUUCUUCCCGUGGUGCCCACCGCCCGAACCCACAUACCAGGACGGUCAAGGUUACCACCGCCGCCGCCGCCUCUCUGCACCGCCCACUUGUUCCCUCAGAUGCCAUAGCGAGUUGAUGAAGAUGAAAUAUAUUGGAGACAGAGAAGGGGUGACGAAGAGUUAGAAUGGUCACAUCGUUCCACCCCUGUAAUUUUACAGCUAGCUCAAUGUUUUAUGUCACCCUGUUGUUUACAAAUUAGCUUGUGGUAAAUGUAGCUAAUGCUAUGGUUGGACCACGAACAUGGAUUGGAGGACUUUUCAAUCGCUCAGGCAACAGAAAGAAUGAUAAGUUUGUUCAGUACCCGUUGAAUCCUCUUCAGGAGGAAAGGUUUCAAAGGCUACAAGACCGAAUUCCCAUACCUUUUGAUGAGACACAACUUGAACAUCAAGAAGCCCUGAAAGCAUUGUGGGAUGCUGCCUUUCCAAAUAUUGAGCUUAAAGGGAUGGUAUCUGAGCAAUGGAAAGACAUGGGUUGGCAAGGACCUAAUCCAUCCACUGACUUUAGGGGUUGCGGUCUCAUUUCGCUCGAAAAUUUGCUGUUUUUCUCCAGGACGUUUCCGGCAUCUUUCCGUAGGUUAUUACUGAAGGAAGGUGGUAAUCGAGCAACUUGGGAAUAUCCGUUUGCUGUUGCUGGCAUAAACAUUUCAUUUAUGUUGAUACAAAUGUUGGAUUUAAACUCAGAAAGACCAAGGUGCCUUCCAGGACUCAAUUUUGUGAGACUAUUAGGAGAAAACGAAGAAGCAUUCGACAUACUAUAUUGCGUAGCGUUCAAAAUGAUGGAUGCUCGGUGGGUUGCGAUGCAUGCUUCGUACAUGGAGUUCAAUGACGUGCUGCAAGAAACCAGAGGGCAGCUGGAAAGAGAGCUAUCUCUGGAUGAUGUUCACACGAUAGAAGAUCUACCAUCUUAUAAUCUCUUAUAUCUCUCUAACUUAUCUUUUACGUCUCUCUCUACUAACGUUUCGUAGGGAUUGUUAUUAUUCUUUUUUGAAUCCAUAAAUACAAGCCUUAG